AUGCGUCAUAUAGCUACUCGAGUCGCCUUGGCGGCAAUUGUCUUCGCAUCGCUUGCGACCGCGCUUCCUCAUGGCGAUGAUGAAUCAAUGGACAUGGGAAUGGAUAUGGGUGCCAGCACUGCGGUACCACAGCCUACUACUACUGCGGCGCAUGCUACCCCUGAUGGUCCGAUGAGCUAUUUCGCGUAUGGGAAGCACUCCAGCUCGAUUAUAGCUCACAUUACCCUGAUGGUUUUGGGCUGGUGCUUUGUUCUUCCAGUCGGUGUCAUGCUCAGUAUUGCGCGCUCACGCCUGGCCCUUCCAUCGCAACUCCUUUUCUUGGUGUUCAACGCGUUCGGUCUCUUAUUUGGAAUUAUCUAUAACGACCAGACACCGGACCUGUACGAAAACAAUGCACACCACAAGAUUGGCUGGAUCAUCACAUCGGUGAUUACAGUUCAGGUUGCCCUGGCUUUGAUCUUCGCAUAUGCUGGUCGCGGCCAGUCAACCACGCCCAAGUAUGAACGCGCUGGUUUCUUGCCUGUGUCGACUGAUGAGCAUGAACACAUUUACCCCAAUGGUGCUGUGCACGAGUACCGCUGGUCUCGCGACAGCGGCCAGGGAACUGACAGCAACUCACCUUCCAUCCGUGGCCCUGGAUCGCCAUCUUCCGGAUGGUCCCCUGAGUAUGACGGCUUUGAGAAGCCCGAGGAGUUGCCUGCCAAGGUCUCCGGCUCACGCGGCUGGUUCCAAAAGACCAAUGUUGGCCGUUUCCUCGCUGAAUAUAUGCCUAAUAUGAUGUCCAGUCGCGCUCUCUGUGGCUUGAGGGCCGUGUAUAAUGUCAUUGAUCGGAUCAUUCUUCCCUUCGGGUUUGUCGCUAUAGCAACCGGCGCUGUGACAUACGGUGGUAUCAUGAGAGACCGUGAGAUUUUCAACGGACUGGCCCACUGGAUCAAGGGUGGCAUUUUCUUCUGGUACGGUGUUCUCACUCUCGGACGCUAUGUCGGCUGCUGGGCAGAUCUGGGCUGGGCCUGGAACAAGAAGCCCUCGGCGUCUAUUGUUGGUGCCUGGAAGGCCAAGGUUCCUACUGCCGAGGCGACGGAGUCUUUUGUCAUUUUCCUCUAUGGAGUGACCAAUGUCUUCCUGGAGCACCUAUCCAAUGCAGGUCGUGAAUGGUCUGCUACUGAUCUCGAGCACGUCUCGAUCUCCGUGCUGUUCUUCGGCGGUGGUCUGCUUGGUAUGCUUUUCGAGUCAACUCGCAUUCGCGACUGGCUCAACGGUACCAUCCUUCAAACCCCCCUCGGCUCAUCAGACGAAGCCUGGCAACUACCGAGGUCCCAGCGCGUCUCCCUGAACCCGAUGCCAGCUCUAAUCAUCAUGCUACUAGGCAUGAUGAUGGGCUCGCACCAUCAAACUAGCAUGACCUCGACAAUGGUGCACAAGCAAUGGGGCAACAUGCUAAUUGGCUUCGCGCUGGCCCGCGGCAUGACCUACGUCCUACUGUUCCUCAAGCCACCAACCUCAUACCUCCCAGCUCGACCCCCGACAGAAAUCAUCACCUCCUUCUGUCUGAUAUCGGGAGGCCUCAUUUUCAUGAUGAGCACUCGCAAUGUGAUCGAAGCAAUGGAGUAUUACAAGAUCGACGCGAUGUUCACCUUCACCGUCGGCCUAGGCUUCAGCGCCUUUAUCAUGGCCUACGAGAUCCUAUGCGUUGCCCUCAAGGCCUGGGCCGUGAAGCGUACCCAGCGCCCACAGCCUACCUUCCGCUUCCCGUGA